AUGGAUCGCCGCCCAGAUCGCACUAUCGACCAACAUUCGGUGCGUGAGAGCCAUGAUAGUAGUGAAAGGAGCAAUCAUGAGCGGCCUAAGGAAGAUCGAAGGAGCAGUAGUAGCAGUAUUGUUCCUAAACUACAAGAUAGACGGGAUUUUCCUAAACCUCAGGAGAGAGAUGAGCCUAAAUCAGAAAGAAGAGAUGCUCCUAAACUGCAGGAUAGGCGGGAUUCUCCUAGACUACAGGAGAUAAGGGAUGCGCACAAACCGCAGGACAGACGGGAUGCUUCACUAAAUUAUAGACGGGAUUCUCCUAGAGUGCAGGAUAGAGGGGAUGUUUUCAAAACAGAUAGAAGGGAUACUCCUAAACCUCAUGAUAGACGGGAUUCCCCUAAAAUACAGGAAAGAAGGGAUGCUCGUAAAUCACAAGAUAGGGAUGCCUCUAAACCACUGGAUAGACGGAAUACUCCCGAACAACGGGAUAGAAGAGAUGCUCCUAGGUUUCACGAUAGAAGCGGUGCUCCUGAAUCCGAGGACAGACGCUAUGCACCUGCAAGGCAGGAGAAAAGGGAUGUCCCUGUGCCACGCAAUAGACGAGAUUCUCCAAAACUACAGGAAAGAAGGGAUGCUCCAAAACCACAGGAUAGGAAGGAUGCCCGUAGGGAUGAUGACAGACGUUCUCGUGAACGGCCGCGUGAAGUCAGCGUUCAGACUAGUCCAGACAAAUCUCGCAGACGUGAGCGCGACCGAGUGGACUCUAGAAGCAGAAGUCCGAAACGUCCCGAACUGUUGAUUGACGAAAUCCGUAAAAAUACGCGCGAUCAUGCUCGUAUUAGUUCCGAUGCUGUCAGUCAUCGUCAUAGUCGCGAUGAAUCUGCCCAUAAUGAAAGACCUGUCAUGGCCAAAGUUUCGAAAAUUGAAGAGUCUGAGCAGGAGGAUAAGGGAUUCGCGAAGAGGCCAGUAGCGAAAAGCACAUCUGAAGGAACUCUGGAAAAGGCUGAGACUGUCUGGAUGAGCAAUGAACGAGUAAAGAUAAUUGAAGGAUUUGCAAAGGAGGCCAUAAAACAGUAUAAACGUGAUAUCACUGUAGAAGAGUACAAGAACGUCAUGCGUGCUGUAGUGCGUGACUGCUACAAGAAAAGGAUACUGGAUGGAGUCAAGAUCAAAGAUAAAGUAGACGAGUCCGUACGAGCAGUAAAAAAUGGGGAGCAGCUAGAUAUUGGACAUCACAGCUCGAAAAGACCAGAAACCUCCGGUGGCAGUUCGGCAGUACCAGCUAAACGUCAGAAAAUAAGUGUUUGA